AGUCCGGGAUAGAAACGAACCAAAAUAUUGGCAAUAGCAGGGUUUGAAUGUCACUGCCUGUUUCUGAAGCUGUUAAAAAAUAAAGCCUUCCCUAUCCGAGUCCCACUUACUAACAAAAUAUAGCGGGGGAGAGAGAGAUUUGGAUUGCUCGUUAACAAUUGGCUUAUGAUGGAAGAUAUGAAGAAGAGGAAGAUGGAGGAAGCAAGCAACGGAGCUGAAAUCUCAAGUACACAAGACCACCUCCGUUCUCUUCUUGACCCUCUCAACAAAUCCCAGCUCGUUGAUCUUCUUUCUAGAUUAGGGUCCAAAUAUCCUUCCAUUGCUGAGGAAAUUAAAAGUGUAGCCAGUGCAGAUCCAGCACAUCGAAAGCUUUUUGUUCGUGGCUUGGCCUGGAAUACCACUUCAGAAACCUUGUGUGAUGCAUUUCGAGUGCAUGGUGAAAUAGAAGAAGGGGCUGUCAUUUAUGACAAAGCAACAGGAAAAUCUCGUGGCUAUGGUUUUAUUACUUACAAACAUAUGGAAUCAACACAAAUUGCGCUUAGAGCACCUAGCAAACUAAUUGAUGGUCGGUUGGCUGUUUGUAACCUAGCAUGUGAAGGAUUAACUGGGGCAAGUACCACACCGGAUUUAGCCCAAAGAAAACUCUACAUUGGGGGACUAUCACCAGAAAUUACAAGUGAGAUGCUGCUUAACUUUUUCGGAAGGCAUGGUGAGAUCGAAGAAGGUUCAGUUGCCUAUGACAAAGAUACCAACGAAUCACGUGGGUUUGGUUUUGUUACAUACAAGACUGUGGAAGCUGCAAAGAAGGCCAUAGAUGAUCCACAGAAGGUUCUAGGGGGAAGAUCUAUCAUUGUAAAGCUUGCUGAUACGCACAAGGGUAAAACAGUGCAAACUCAAAUGCCUGCAUCAGUUGCUCCAGUACCUUUACCGAUGACGGCUGGAUACACACAGCCUGGAAAAGCACAUCCUGGUCCUGCCCCUGUUGGCUAUUCUUAUCCUCAAACUAUGCCGUCAUACCCUGCAUCUUCUUACCCUAGUCCUCCAACAGCACCUGCACCUUAUCCUCUACAAUCUCAAUAUCAAUAUCCACCAGUUGCUAUGAAGAAAGAGCCAUUUGGACCACCAGCACCAAUGGGAAUGGGUGGGUACCCAUAUUAUCUUCCUAAACAAUGAAUGCCGAAGAUGAAAUCUUCUACUAAGUUUUAGCCAUGCCCUUUUCAAUCUAUUUCUCUGUGUAGGCAAGUCCUGUAAUUUAGCCAUCGAGUAGGUCUGUCAGUAGUUUUAUUAGAGCAGGUAGGUCUUGGGGAUGCUUAAAAUAGCACCAAAACUAAAAUUUUGUCACUUUUGUUUUUUUAUCAUUGCUAUUAUUCUUGGGUAUUGUUUACUUCUCA